AUGCCUGCACCCGAACCCAUCCUCCAGCUCCCCCGCUGCAACUGCAUCAUCCGCCCGUACGACCCCAACGGGGACCGGGACGUCGAGCCCCUUGCAAAGGCCGCCAACAGUCCCAAAGUAGCCCAGUUCAUGACCAACCGGUUUGUGCAUCCCUACACGUUGGACGACGCCCGGUCGUGGAUCGCGCAGGCGACCUCGGUGUCUCCGAUGCGCGACUUUGCCAUCUGCCUGCCCGACUCGGGCGGCGGCCCGGGCGUAGUCAUUGGCGGCAUCGGCCUCAAGAUGCGCGACGACAUCCAGUACCGGACCAUGGAGAUUGGCUACUGGCUGGGCGAGGAGCAUUGGAACCAGGGCAUUGCCACCGAGGCCGUCACGGCCUUCUCUGACUGGGCGUUUCGCACCUUUCCGCAUCUGCUGAGGCUUGAGGCUGGUGUGAUUGCUGGGAAUAUUGCGAGUGGCCGGGUCUUGGACAAGGCUGGCUUUAAGCGGGAGGGCCGGCAGAGGAAGGCGGUGGAGAAACAUGGUGUUGUUAGGGAUAUUUUGAUGCAUGUCAUGUUCAGAGACGAGAGGUAG